AUGGGGUGUGGUGGUGGGUGUGGGGUGGGGUAUAUGUUUUGUGGGGGGGGGGGGGGGGGGGUGGGGGGGGGGGGGGGUGGUGGGGGUGGGGGUAUUGGGGGGUGGGAUAUUAGGUGGGGUUGUUGGGUGGGGGGUGGGGGGGGGGAUGGGUUUGGGGGGGGGGGGGGGUGGGUGGUGGGGUGGGGGGGGGGGGGGGGUUUGGGUGGUGGGUUGUUGUUGGGGUUGUGGGGGGUUGGGUUGUGGUGGGUGUGUGUAGAGUUGGGGUUGUGUUGGGUGUGGGGGGGGGGGGGUGGGGGGGGUGUGGGUGGGGGGGGGGGGGGGGGGGGGGUGGGGGGGGGUGUGGGGGGGGGGGGGGGGCAGUUGGGGUGGGGGGGUAAGUGUGGGUUUGUGUGGGUGGGGGGGUGGGGGUGGAGUGGAUGUGGUGGAGGUGGUGGGGGGGGUGGGGUUGGGGGUGGGGUUGGUGUUGUUGGUGGGGGGGGGGGGUUGGUGGGGUGUGGUGGGGGGGGUUGGGGGGGGGGAUUGUUGUUGGGGGGGUGUGGUGGGUGUGGUUGGGGUGGGGGGUUUGUUGUGGGGUUGGGGGGGGUGUGUGUUUGUGGUGGUUGGUUGGGGGGGGUGGGUGUGGUGGGGGGGGGGGGGGGGUGGGGGUGGGGUGUGGUGGUGGGGUGGGGGGGGGGGUUGUGGGGUGGGGGGGGAGUUUUUUUGUAUUGUUUUUGUGGUAGGGGGUUGGGUGGGGGUGGUGUGGGGGGUGUGGUUUGGGGGUUGGGGUGGGGGGGGGGUGGGGGGGUGGGGGGGGGUUUGGUGGGUGUUGUGGGUUGGGGUUGUUUGGUUGGGGGGGGUGGGGUUGGUGGGGGUGUGGGGUUGGGGGGGGGGGGGGGGGGGGGGGGGGGGUUGGGGGGGGGGGGGGGUGUGUUUGUUGGUUGGUGGGGGUUUGUGGAUGGGGGGGGUAGGGGGGGGGUGUGGGUUGUGGGGUGGUGGGGUUGGUGUUUGGGGUGGGUGGGUGGUGGGGGGUGGGGGGUGUGGGUGGUUGGUUUGGGGGGGGGGUGUGGGGGGUGGGGUGUUGGGGGUUGUGUUGGUGGGGGUGGGGUGUUGUUGGUGGGGGGGGGGUGGGGGGGGUUUUGUUUUUGGGUUGGGGUGUGUGGGGUGUGGGGUUAUUUGGGGUUUGGUGGGGGGUUGUGGGGUGGGGGGUGGGGGGUUGGGGGGGUGGGGGUGUUGUGUUUGGUGGAUGGGGGGUGGGUGGGGUGGUUGUAUUGGAUGGGUGGUUGGGGGGGGUGGGAGUGUGGGGGGGGGGUGGGUUGUGGGGGGGGGGUGGGUAGGGUUGGGGGGGUGAGGUGGUUGUGGGUGGGUGUGGGGGGGGUAUGGUAUUUGGGUUGGAUUUGGGGGUGGGUGGGGGGGUGGGGGGUUGGUGAGGUGUGUUUGGAUCUUUUGUGGGGUGGGUGGUUGAGGUAUGUGGUGUUGGUGGUUUGGGGGGUGUGUUGGUGGGGGUGUUGGGGUGUGUGGGGUGGUGGGGGUUGGGUGGGGGGGGGGGAGUUUGGGGGGGUAGGUGUGUGGUGUUGGGGUUUGUUUUGGUGGGGGGGGGUGGUGGGGGUUGGGGUGUUUGUUUAUUGUGUGGGUUGGUGUUGUGUUGGGGGGUUGGGUGGGUUGUUGGGUGUUGGGUUGAUGAGGUGGGUAGGAGUGGGUGAUUUGGUGUUUGGGGGGGGGGUGGGGGUAAGUUUUGGAGGGGGGGUGGGUGGUGGUGGGGGUGGUGAGGGGAGGUGUAGGGGGGUUGGGUUGGGGGGGAUGGGGUGGUUGGGUGGGGGUGGUGGGUUAUUUGGGGGGAGGGGGGGGAUUAAGUGGAGUAGGGGGGGGGUGGUGUAUUUGAGGGUUUGGGAUAUGGGGUGGUAUUUAUGGGGGGGGGGAGGUUUGUUGGGUGAGUGUGGGUGUAUGGUUUUGGGUAUAGGUAUGGUGGGGGGUGUGGGGGGGGGGUGGGGGGGGGGGGGGUGUGUGGUGGGGGGUGUUGUGGUUGGGGGGGAGGGGGGGGUUGGGGGGGGGGGGGGUAUGGGGUUGGGUAUUGUUAGGGGGGGGGGGUUUUGGUGGUGGUGUUUGUGGGGGGGGUGUUGUGGGGGGAGGGGGGGGGGGGGGGUGUUGGGGUGGGAUGUUGGGGUGUAUGGGUUAGGUUGUGUGGGGGGGGGUUUGGGGGGGUUGGGGUGUGGUGGUUUGGGGUUGUGGGGGGGUGGGUGGGGGGGGGGGUUGGUAUUGGGGUUUGGGGGGGUGUUGGGGGGGGUUGAGGUUUUGGGGGGGGGGGGGGUUGUUGUGUUGAGGGGGUGGUGGGGGUGUGUGGAGGGGUGGGGGGUAGGAGGGUUGGGGUGUGUGAGGGGGGGGGGGGUGUUGGUGGAGUUUGUGGGUAUGGGUGGUGGUGGGGUGUUGGGGUUUUUGUGGGGGAGGGGGGGGUGGGUUGGUGGUGGUGGUAGGGGGGGGUUGGGGGGUGGGUGGGGGGUGGGUUUGUUGGGUGUGGUGUGGUGGGGUUUUGGGUGGGAGGGUGUGGGUAGGGGGUUGUGGGGGUUGGGGGGUUUUGGGGGGUGGGGGGGUUUGUGUGGGGGGGUGGGGUGGGUGGGGUGUUGGUGGGGGGGGGUGUGUUGUGGUGGGUGGGGGGGGUGGGGGGGGGGGGGUGGUGGUUGUUGUGGGAGUUUAGGGGUGGUUGGGGUGGGGUGGUUGGGUUUGGUGGGGGGGGGGGGGGUGGGGGGGUGGGGUUGGGGGGUUGGGGAUGUGUGGGUGGGAGUGGGUUUGGUGGGGUGUUUUUGUUUGGGUUGUGUGGGGAUUGGGGGUGUGGUUGUUGGUGGGGGGGGGUUGGUGUGGGGUUGUUGUGGGUUGGUGGUUGAGGGGGGGGUGUUGGGUGUGGGGGGGGGGGUGUGUAGGGGGAUAUUUUUUGGUAAUGGUUGGUGGGUGGGGGGUGUUAUGUGUUGUGGGGGGGGGGUUAGGGUGAAGGGGGUUUGUGGUGGGGUGGUGGGGUGGGGUGGGGAGUUAGGGUGUGUUGUUUUGGGGGGGUUUGUGUGGUUGUUAUUUGGGGUUGGGGGGGGGGGAUGGGGGGGGAGGGGGGGGGGGGUUGGGGGGGUUAGUUGGGGGUUUGGGGUGGUGUGUGUUGGUGGGGGGGGGUUUUGGGGGGGGGUUUUUGGGGGGUGGGGUAGGGUAGUUUUGGUGGGUGUGAUGGGUGUUAGGGGUGGGAGGUGUGGGGGGGGGUGGGGGGGUGGGGGGGGGGGGGGGUGUGGGGGGGUGUGUGGGGGGGGUUGGGGGGUGGGUUGGGGUUGGGGUGUUGGUGGGGGGUGUUGGUGGGGGGGGUGGGGGGGGGGGGGGUGGGGUGGAGGGGGUUGUGGGGGGUGGGGGGGGGGGGGUGGGGGGUGGGGGGGGGGGGGGGGGAUUGGGGGUGUGGGGGGGGGUGGGGGGGGUUUGGGGUGUGGUAGGGGGUUGGGGGGGGGGGGGGGGGGGUGGUUGGGGGGGGUGGGGUGGUUUUGGGGUUGGGUGGGGGGGGGGGGGGGUGGGUUAUGGGUGUGGGUGGGGGGGGGGGGUGGGGGUUGGGGGGGUGAGGGGGGUUGGGGAGGGUGGUGGGUUUGGGGGGUGGUGUUGGGGGGAGUGGGUUUGGGUGUGGUGGGGGGUGGUUUGUUGUGUGGGGUUGUAUUGGUUGGGGGGGGUUUGUGUGGGGGGGGGGGUAUGUAUUGUGGGGUUGUGGUGUGUGUUUGGUGGGGGGGUGGGUGGGGGGGGGGUUUGGGGGGGUGGGGGGGGGGGGGGGGGGGGGGGGGGGGUUUGUUGGGGGUGGGGGUGUGGGGGGGGGGGGGGUGUUGGGGGGUUUGGGGGUGUGGGUGGGGGGGUUUGGUGGGGGUUUUUUGGGAAGAGGGGGGGGUGAGUGGUGGGGAGGUGUGGGGUGGGUGUGGUGGGGUUUGUUUGGUGGUUUGGUUGUUUUGGUUGGGGGGGGGGUGGAUUAAGGGAGUUUUAUGGUGGGGGUUAGGGUAUAGGAUAUUGUGUGGGGUUUUUGGUUUGUUGGGGGGGGGUAUUGUAGGUUGUGGGGAUUUUGUGAGGGGGGGGUGGUUGGGGUGGGGGUGGGGGGGGGGGGGUUGGGGUGUGGGUGUGGGGGGGUGUAGGGGUUUUGUGGGGGGUAGUGGGGGUUGGGGGUGA